GCGAGACAGAGACAGAGACAGAGCUAGAGACAGACAGACACAGAGAGAGAGAGAGAGAGAGAGACAGACAGACACACAGAGAGAGAGAGAGAGAGAGAGAGAGAGAGAGAGAGAGAGAGAGAGAGAGAGAGAGAGAGACAGAGAGAUAGAAAGAGAGAGAUAGAGACACACAGAGAGAAAGAUAAAGAUAGAGAUAGAUAGAUAGAUGACACAGACAGGGGUAGAGACAGAUAGAGAGACAGAUUAUCGUGAUAAAAAAAUAAGACAUAUCUACACUAUGUGCAAAAAUGCUGUUGUCACCACGACAAACCACACACACACACACCUUAUGGAAUGUUAUGGGAUGGAUCUGCGUCGCUCUCUCUCUCUUCUGCUUUAAUCUGUUCACAUGUAGCUGCUGCUGAGAGAGAGAGAGAGUCACUGGGCGAGCAGGAGGGUUUUCACAACGAGGAAUUACAAUGGACCCUGAAGGAGUUCCUCUUCCAGUGAACAUGGCUCUGCCAGCUCCAGUGAUGAUAGAAGACUCGAUCCUCACAAACUGGGUUUCGAUCGGCGCCGGGGGGUUUGGAGAAAUCUACAAAGCCAGGCAUCAGGGGUGGUGCCUAGACGUGGCCAUUAAGCUGCUUCAUAACGAUGACGGGACCAGUUUAUCUUUGCUGCGGGAGGUCGAAAUGAUGCUUCAAGGAAGCAGCGACUAUGUUAUGCCGGUCCUUGGCAUCUUCAGGGGUCGACCCCAGAACUCUGGACCCUCAGCCCAGCUGGGUCUGGUCAUGAAGUACAUGGAGAAAGGAUCUCUGGAGUCCCUACAGAAAACUUUAGACGGAGUUCCUCCGUUACCACUGGUCUUCAGGCUGGCUCACCAGGUGGCUCUGGGGAUAAACUUCCUCCACAGCCUCCUCUCUCCAAUCCUCCAUCGUGACCUGAAGCCCAGCAACGUGCUGCUGGACUCGUAUCUCAAUGUCAAGCUCACAGAUUUUGGCCUUUCUAAGCCUAGUCAGACUCAGGCUCAGGUUUCCAAGAAGGAUUUAGAAGACGGGGCAGGGACGAUCAGCUACAUGCCACCGGAGGCUUUUGACAUAAAUUACAAACAUUCACGAUCCUUUGAUAUCUACAGCUAUGGUAUCCUGCUGUGGUCCAUCGCCACAGGGAAACAACCAUAUCCACAUGUACAACCCAGCCUUGUGGUGUUCCUGAUCCCCAAGGGACAACGACCAUCACUGGAAGAGCUCAGCAACCAGGUGGAGCUGAGGGGACUGGUGGAGCUCAUGGAAAAAUGCUGGGAGACCAGUUCCACCCUAAGACCCUCAUCCUUGGAUUGUACAAAGAUCACAGAGAAACUGUAUGAGAGGCAGAAACGUGGAAUUAAUGAUUCCGUCCAUGAAGUGCUGAAGAAACUGGAGCAGAAGGAACAAGAGAAAAUGACGGAGAAGCUUCAGAGCCUUCACGUCACUCCAGCCUCAGUGUCUCCCAGAGUUGAAGCGAUGAAGAAUCAUGAGAUUCGAGAUUCAAGUAUCAAGAAGAGGUCCCGUCUUCACAUGAAGACGGGACCUCUUCCGCCCGUUCAGGAAGUGGUCCCUGGGAGGAUCUCAAAUCAAAGGGUCAAAGAACCGCCGGCAUCCCGACAAGCAAGCAUGUGUGAUGUUGACAUGACCCGCUCGUCCACAGACGACCAUAAACCCAAAGCUUCCUCUGUUCGGCCCAUCGGUGAAUCGCUGGCGCCUCCUUCCACCACGAGGUCACGUCAGGCCGGUGCAGCUAAGAAUCCCCUGAGGGAUUUAAAGAAUCCCCCACAACCGUUCUGGGUAGAUGAGCCUUCAGAGAGGAAGCGACUCCCAACAGCGCCAUCUCCUGUCAACUCCCCAUCACCGCAUCCAGGAAGCAGGAAGAACAGGUCUCUUCCAGCUCCAGUGAUGAUGGAAGACUACAGAUUCAGUAACUGGGUUUGGAUCGGCGAUGGGGGAUUUGGAGAAAUCUUCCAAGCCUGGCAUAAGCGGUGGUGCUACAACGUGGCCAUUAAGCUGCUUCAUAACUAUGACGGGACCAGUUCAUCUUUGCUGCGGCAGGUCGAAAUGAUGCGUCAAGGAAGCAGCGACUAUGUUAUGCCGGUCCUCGGCGUCUUCAAUGGUCGAACGCCGAACUCUGGACUCUCAGCCCAGCUGGGUCUGGUCAUGAAGUACAUGGAGAACGGAUCUCUGGAGUCCCUACAGAAAACUUUCGACAGAGUUCAACAGUUACCACUGGUCUUCAGGCUGGCUCACCAGGUGGCUCUGGGGAUAAACUUCCUCCACAGCCUCCUCUCUCCAAUCCUCCACCUGGACCUGAAGCCCAGCAACGUGCUGCUGGACUCAGAUCUCAAUGUCAAGCUCACAGAUUUUGGCCUUUCUAAGCCGAGUCAGACUCAGGCUCAGGUUUCCAAGAAGGAUUUAGAAGACGGGGCAGGGACGAUCAGCUACAUGCCACCGGAGGCUUUUGACAUAAAUUACAAACCUUCACGAUCCUUUGAUAUCUACAGCUAUGGUAUCCUGCUGUGGUCCAUCGCCACAGGGAAACAACCAUAUCCAUAUGUAAAACCCAGCCUUGUGGUGUUCCUGAUCCCCAAGGGACAACGACCAUCACUGGAAGAGCUCAGCAACCAGGUGGAGCUGAGGGGACUGGUGGAGCUCAUGGAAAAAUGCUGGGAGACCAGUUCCACCCAAAGACCCUCAUCCUUGGAAUGUACAAACAUCACAGAGAAACUGUAUGAGAGGCAGGAACCUGGAAUUAAUGAUGCCGUCUAUGAAGUGCUGUAUAAACUGGUAAAUAUCAAAUAUCUCCACAAACGUGUCACGCUGACGCUGCACAACAUUAACAUGACACAUCAAAACCACUUGAGACUGAUCCUUCACUUCCUGAUUCACUUAUUUCUCUUCCUGUUUAGCGGGAGCAGAGGAGACGAGACAAACAGAAGGAGGAGCUUCAGAGCCUUUGCGUCUCACUUGACAGAACUUCACUAAAUGUACUUAAGUGGAAAUAAAAGAUAUCUAGUAUAUAACAGUCGGAGCAACCAGGAAGUACAUGUGCAUUCAGCUUAGUCAACUUUUGUGUUGUUGUUUGAGGCCUAAUGUUGUUCAGCAGAGCUACAGCACUGGUGUGUGUAGUGUGUGUGUGUGUGUUGAUCAGGGAACACAGUGUGUGUGUGUGUGUGUGUGUGUGUGUGUGUGUUGAUCAGAUAACAGAACUCAGUCUCUUUAAUCAAUUCAUCUGAAUGAGUCACUUCCCCCCGAACCCUGCCUGGUCUCUCAGUGAACUGGAGACUCGCACCAACAGCAACAACAACACAACUUCACCUUUUACUGAUCAGGGGUCAGAAACUAGUUCACACAUCUGGAGCCCGGGGGGGCAAGUCGUCUGCCCCGAUCCCAAAGGUCACGGUGAAGAUCCGCUCCACGGUGCGGUGCAGCGAGGUGAGAGACCCCCGCAGCAUCCCUGCACACGCAAACUCAUCCUCCACCUCAGGGGGGCGCCCUCCUCCAUCGGCUCGGUCAGCGUCCAUCCCUCGUUCUGCUACCAGCGGCAGAGGCUGGAACAUACUGCCAAGAACACAUCUGUUAGGAAAUGUUCUCACAUUAUGGUGGUAAAUAUAGUAAAAAUAUAAACUAAUAUAUAUAUAUAUAUAAUAUUCACUCAUGUUUUGAAACACCCCCCCCCCCCAACAUUUAAAAAUUGCUGAAAUUAAAAACAAACAAUGUAAAGUAGGUUUCUUAUGAUCAGUCAGGCUUUACAUUGUUUGAAAUGGCAUACUAUUAUAGAGUAUGUAAUUGUUGUGCAAUAGUAGUAGUAGAUUUGACGUUGGCUCAUUAUUAAUAAUCAUGAGAAAUGAUUAUUAAAAUAGAUAUUAUUUAUUAAAAAUAAUUACAAAUUAUAAAGCUAGUAAUUAAGAAUAGUAAACCGAUCUUUUAACAGGUUAGGUCUCUGUAAACUUAGUCGGACGAUAACAGUGCUGCCGGAGGCUCUCUGUCACGGCGCGAGGCACUUUAAAACAUUCGACAAUGUAAACAAGGAGCCGGAAGUGACGCAUCGUUCCCUCGUGUUACACGGCUUAAAACCAGAUCAGUGAUCUACAAACAAACACUCAAAUAAACAUGACACGCUAAGUAUUUAAACUAGUCUCUGCCCAGACAAUAAAGCCUCUUACUGUGACCUUCGCGGUGUUGCUUGCGCGUGGCGCGGAUUUUCCAGAAGUCCAGUGAAUCUCGUGUUGUGUUCCUCGGGGUACAUGCGGUCAGCGAAUCCCCGGAAUUAGGUGAAGAAGUCAUGGCUCGAGCUGGAUAGCGCUGGUUCAUCUGUUGCAGCAGCUUCGUGCUGGGACCGGAUAUGGAGCGAAUUCGUCUUGCUCGUGGAACGGAAUUCGGCCUCGUCUCUUCUGCGACAGAAUGAUGCUUUGUCCUGCAGGGAUUAACAGCUGUGCGCAGCUGUGGGGAUCGUGAAAAGAAAAGUCUGUGAUGCUCGGCCGGCGAGCGAGUUCCUGUGCGCGGCCUCUUCAAGUUAAAAUAACAAAAAGUCCUAUACGUCGACUGAAUAAAGAAAUAAAAGAAAAUGGAAAUAAAACAAACGUCUGUAAUUGCUCCCUAAAAUUACCUCCGGAUCAACUAACUGGAAAGGUCAGCUCUAUCUUCAGGGAAUCGGGAAUGGGCAGCGAUUAUUGAUGAGCAGCCCCUUUUAAAUUACCUGAGAGGUCCUCCUCCUUGAGGAGUUGGUCAUAGGACAUCGGCCAAUUGAUUUGUCAGGAAUGGAUCUGAGUGGGCGGGGCUUGGAACUCAGCGGGGAUUCCAAGGCAUUCCCAGAACAUUUUCCCACCACCAGGGGGAGAUUCUUGAGCCUGCAGGAGGAUGUUUUCCCGCCCAAAGUUUAACAGCCCUUUGUUCCUCUGGCUCCAGUGUCUGGUGGCCCCCCCCCUUUUGGGCUCUUCAGACCCAGCAGGGGUUCCGUGCUCCUGCGGGGGCCUUGAAACCUGCUGGGGUUUCUCGAAACUGCCAGGAAAAAGUACUCACAGGUGGAUAAGAAUGUUCCACAAGGCCUUGAUUUACACAGGCCUUUGUUUAGAUUUUCUUUGUUAACCUUUGACCUGUGUCUUGUGGCCAGCCGCUGGGCUCUGGCCCAACAUAAUAUAUAUAUUAUAUAAUCAUCUCGUGGAACAAUCAAUUUAUAUAUAAAGUAUAUAAUAAAAUAAACAUCACAGAGAUGAUGUGGAUUAAUGUUUAAAUUUACCAUCUGUAUAUUUGUGUUAUCUUUUAAUUUAAGGUUAUUUUUAAUCAAAUUUAUGGUUAAAUUGUAAAUCUUUCAUAAGGGUUCGAUAACAUGACCAGUAUCUAAUAGCCUGUACUAUUUAUGAAGUUAUAUAUUAUUUAGUUUGAUCUUAGAGCUUCACACUUUGUGGAACUGAGUCACAGGAGGAUUCGUGUUCUCCUUCACAACAACACACAUCAACACACAACAAAAACCAGUGGGUUCACAACGAUCAGAGUUUCACACGUGUUGGAUCUUAGAAGUAUUGUUGAAACAUAACGUGGUGGAAUAAAUCAGAAAGAAAUACAUAUAUAUGUUUGUGUCAUAUGAUCUGAUACACUGACGUUACAUUACCAAAGUCUAAAGUUAAUAGGAUUUGAUAGUUUCACUAGUUCAUGAAGUAUCUCAAGCACUCGUCCAGUCAACAAGAACCUGAACAAUAAACUGCCUCAAGUGCCGUAUUGUGUGUGAAUGUGAAGAUUGGUCAAUAGGACAAUAGCUACUUGAAUGCAUUCCAUCUACCUUUUACAUGUCAACUGACAUUCAGCAGAUAUGAUUGUUAAUACUGAUUGAGAAAUUUCACGUCCUCAUGUGGAAUAAACUGGUCAAAUCCCCAAAACGCUGGUGAGCAGAGACAUUUAUAAAGUUUCUUUAUUGGAGACAAAUACUAAAUCUUUACUCGUUUUUGCUCUAACAUGAAAUAUUUCUGUCAGAAUGUACAAAGAUCACAGAGAAACUGUAUCAGAGGCAGAAACGUGGAAUUAAUGAUUCCGUCCAUAAAGUGCUGACGAAACUGGUAGAUAUCAAAUAUCUCCAUAAACGUGUCACGCUGACGCUGCACAACAUUAACAUGACGCAUCAAAACCACUUGAGACUGAUCCGUCACUUCCUGUUUUGCAGGAGCAGAAUGAACAAGACAAACUAACGGAGAAGGGCCAGUGGCUUCGCGUCACUCCGGCCUCAGGUUUCACAAAUUCUUUCACUUUCAAAAGAUGAUUUUUUUAUCCACUUUUCUGAAAUGAGAGUUGGAUGAAACGCUUUGAGCAGAACCCAGCUGCUGGCUUUAGCUUCACAUGUGCAGAGGAAACUCAAUCUUCUCAUCCAACUGCAGACGAUAAUGAAUCUCUUACUUUGAGUUUGAUCGAAAUUAUGAUGAUUAUUCAUAUUGUUAUUAUAAACCUCUCAACAGCAGCCUUUAAAUGCAUCUAAUGCUGUCCAGAGGGUCUCCCACGUUGAGGAAUCAUGAUACUGUGAAGACUGGACCUCCGCCCGUUCAGAUUGGUCAAUACUGUGGUGUUUCUUCACUACGAGUGUUUUUUCUGCUUCAGGGAAGUAUUACAUGCACCACUUCCUGCUGCACCACAUUGAGUUCGUGUCAAGGUCAAUCAGAGACAGAAUUUACAUUGUAAUUUAAGUGAUAUAUGUAUAUAAACACAUCAACAAUCUAAUGACUACUUUUUUCUAAUUUUAUAUAUUGUAUUGGAUCAAAUUACAUCAAUCAUAAUACAUCAAUUCGCUUGUAAAUAUAUCAUAUAUCAAUUUGCACAUAAAAUAAAUUUUUGUCAUACUAUUAUAUACAUAUCACGCUGCAUAUUACAUGUUUUAUAUUGAAUAACCUACGAUACAUUUUUUGCAAAACAAGGAUCUUGACUUCUGACGCUUUCAUUGUUUUUUGUUAGUAAACUUUCAAAUUAAUUACUUUUCCUAUCUUAGUAUUGUUAUAGUAACUAUCUGGUAUUUUUUAUUUAAUUGAAGUAUUUGACAGUUUCGAAAAUGAAAACGAUGCCACAUACAUGGCUCAAAUCAGCUCUAUUGUAUCGGAGGAGAAUCUGUGGUUUUUAAAAUAUGUAUUUUUUAUGUUUUGAUAUGCAGUAAUAGAAAACAUGCAACUGGUCUUUUUAGUGUUUAAUGCUUGAGUGGUUCAUUGUAAACAACUCACAAACAGAACGUUUACUUCCUUCUGUUGCAGGAAGUGGCCCCUGGGAGGAUCUCAAAUCAAAGGGUCAAAGACCCGCCGGCCUCCCGACAAGCAAGCAUGUGUGAUGGUGACACGACCCGCUUGUCCACAGACGACCAUGAACUCAAAGCUUCCUCCGUUCGGCCCAUCGGUGAAUCGCUGGCGCCUCUUUCCACCACGAGGUCACCUCAGGCCAGUGCAGCUAAGAAUCCCCUGAGGGAUUUUAAGAAUCCCCCUCAACCGUUCCAGCGUCAGUUCUCCAGCCCGACUCCUUCUACGAGUCAACCAACACACAAUGUCUACAUCCACUGCAGCCACGUGACGGGAGUUCAGAUCGGCAACAAAAACACCCUGUACAUCAACAAGGAGCCUUCAGAGAGGAAGCGACACCCAACAGCGCCAUCUCGUGUCAACCCCCCAUCACCGCAUCCAGGAAGCAGGAAGAACUAGAUUUGGUGACAUGGAGGCUUUUAAAAUUAUGUUUUGGUAUUUCUGGGGAAUAUUUAUUCUGCUUCUUUUGUUUGGAAAAUGUUUUACCAGUCAGAAACGCCUCACACCUCUCUUUUGCCCCGUCAGCAGAAAAACAGGAGCCGAGUCCGAUCAUGUGGUUUUUAACGAGCUGCAGUCAGCAGAUAUCCCCGGUCGCAGCGCGGGGCACCAUCAGGCGCCAAAAAACGACUUAACGCCAGAAGGACCGUGAGUCACAAGAGGCAGAGUUAUAAUCUAGCCUGUUCCCAAACAGUUCACGUUGUUUUAGCUGAAAUUCCAACAAGUACAGAAGAUUAUUGAGACCAGCGAUAAGAAAAUAAGAUCAAAGUCAAAAAAGUAAAAAAUAUAAUCUUUUCCGAGAUCAAAGCCAAACUUAUACGAAUAAAUCAAAACUACUGGAGUAUGACAUCUGGAGUAUGAUAUCUACAAAAUUUGAAGAUGAUCGCUGAAAUUGAGAUUCACAGUGAGGUAGAGGACAUGGCUGUCAGUCGCUUAAACCUCCAACUUCAUUCCUGUCUUAUUCUCAACAUUUCUGCUCUACUAUCAUUAUCAGCAUUUCGACUGUAUUGUCAACCUUAUUCUUAACAGAUUAAUCAACCGUACAGGACACUUGUGAUGGUUGAUGGAAAUCUCAUGUUCAGUCUAUUCCCAAAGAUGGAAUCUCCAUCUCUUUAGUGGAACAGAGGUUUUGCUACAGGCCACAUUCAUUCUUUACCAAGUUUUAACUUUGUAUUUGUAUUUUUUCAAAUGUUCAUUUUAAAUAAAAACUAUGAAAAAUCCUAAA